AGCAGCAACGAAGAUAUCAGUGUAACAACAUUUGGCGUUUACAAAGUUAAACUUGAGUGAUCGAAAAACGAUUUCUUGCGAAUUUUUUUCAAGUGUAAGAAAAUAAGUAAACUUAUUAAAACAACAAAAUGCCUUGCCCAUGUGGAAGCGGUUGCAAAUGCGGAUCGGAACCUAAGACUGGCAAUUGCGGUUGCGGUUCGGCGUGCAAAUGCUGUCCCUGUGGAAGUGGUUGCAAAUGCGGCUCACAAACACAAAGUGGCAGUUGCGGUUGCGGUUCCAGCUGUAAAUGUGGUCAAUAAAAAUGCAUCAAAUAGUAUUUGUGCAAAUGACAGUACCUUAUUAAGUUUAAGCAUAAUGUAAUUUAUUUCUAUAAUUUAAUUUUAUGGUGUUCACUACACGUACAUACAUAAAAACCAAUAAACAUACACAUAGUACAAGUA